UGCCUUCGUUGGUUUGCUAGGGAACUGAUUGUUGCUGCAGCAUCGUGUCGCUGGAUGAUGGCUGCGUCGAAGCCUAUAGAACCUCAGUCAUGCAGUGGACUUUCCCGAUGGCAGCUGGCACUUAUGGUAGGGACUCCAGUACUCGUUGGCGUUGGAGCUGUGUACCUCUGGAGGCGAAGCCGCGGCAGAGACAAGCAAGCGAAAUCGAACGGAGAAAGGAAAACUCCCGAAGGCAGCGCUAGCCCUGUUCAUGGUCGGCAUGGCACGAGCAGUGUAGGACUGGAGAGCAUGAGCCCUCUUGACCAAGCACAGUCUGCUAAGAAUAAGGGGAACAAGUAUUUCAAGGCAGGCAAAUACGAGCAGGCUAUCCAGUGCUACACAGAAGCCAUCACCCUAUGUCCCAAAGAACAUAAAGCAGAUCUGUCUACCUUCUACCAAAACAGAGCUGCAGCCUAUGAACAACAGAUGAAAUGGACCGAGGUCAUACAGGACUGCUCUUGGGCAGUGGAGCUGAAUCCUCGCUAUGUUAAAGCACUUUUUAGGCGUGCCAAAGCACUUGAAAAGCUGGAUAACAAGAAAGAGUGCCUCGAAGAUGUGACUGCAGUCUGUAUUUUGGAAGCUUUCCAGAACCAGCAGAGCAUGCUUCUGGCAGAUAAGGUGUUAAAACAGCUGGGAAAAGAGAAGGCAAAAGAUAAAUACAAGAAUCGGGAGCCUCUUAUGCCGUCUCCUCAAUUCAUCAAGUCCUAUUUUAGCUCAUUUACUGAUGAUAUAAUCUCACAGCCCUAUCAGAAGGGGGAGAAGAAGGAUGAGGAUAAAGACAAAGAGGGUGAAGCUGCAGAGGUCACAGAAAGCUCGGGUUAUCUAAAGGCUAAACAGUAUAUGGAUGAGGAGAACUAUGAUAAGAUCAUCAGUGAGUGCACAAAGGAGGUAGAGUCAGGAGGCAGGUACACAGCUGAAGCUCUUUUGUUAAGAGCCACCUUCUACCUGCUGAUUGGCAAUGCAUCUGCUGCACAGCCAGACCUUGACCGUGUCAUCAACAUGGAUGAUGCCAUUGUCAAGUUGCGUGCCAAUGCACUAAUUAAACGUGGAAGCAUGUACAUGCAGCAGCAGCAACCCCAGCUCUCAACGCAGGAUUUCGAUAUGGCUGCAGUGAUUGACCCUCGUAAUGCAGAUGUCUUCCACCACAGGGGACAGCUGAAGAUUUUGCUGGAUCAGGUAGAGGAGGCUGUGGGAGAUUUUGAUGAGUGUAUAAAACUUCGACCAGACUCUGCACUCGCCCAAGCUCAGAAGUGCUUUGCAUUGUACAGACAGGCCUACACUGGAAACAACCCAUCCCAAGUUCAAAAAGCCAUGGAUGGGUUUGAGGAUGUUAUUAGGAGGUUUCCAAAGUGUGCUGAGGGUUAUGCUCUGUAUGCACAGGCACUCACUGACCAGCAACAGUUUGGUAAAGCAGAUGAGAUGUAUGACAAAUGUAUUGAACUAGAGCCUGACAAUGCCACAACAUAUGUCCACAAAGGUCUGCUGCAGCUCCAGUGGAAACAGGAUCUUGAAAUGGGCCUUGAACUUAUUAGCAAAGCCAUUGAAAUUGACAACAAAUGUGAUUUUGCUUACGAAACUAUGGGAACCAUUGAAGUUCAGAGAGGCAAUCUGGACAAGGCAAUAGAUAUGUUCAACAAGGCCAUCAACUUGGCUAAAUCCGAGAUGGAGAUGGCCCAUCUCUACUCCCUCUGUGAUGCUGCUUAUGCCCAGACAGAAGUUGCCAAAAAGUAUGGUCUCAAGCCUCCCACACUUUAACUCACAUUUCAUCAAUCUCUAUUGCUGGGCCAGAGUACACAUCCCAUAUACCAGCUUUGAUUUCUUAACUAAAAUGAUCAUCAAUGAAAAGGUAGAAGGUUUUGGUACCAUAUGAGUACACCAGUGUUUUGGAAACGUUUUGGAAUGUGUUGGUGUGUGAAGCAAUGAAAUUAAAAGAUUGCAAAAGAAUGAUAGAGACUGAUUGCUGCUUUUUUAGAUCAUCAGUUGCAUCAUCAGUGGUUUAGUUUGUGCUCUACAAGUAUGGCUUAAAAUGUGUUGGUCUUACAGAGCUGAAGUCCCUGUAUAGUUUGACUCCAUUUUGGAAAAAACUCAACUGCCUGUAGCCUUGUUCAGGUGUGUGUUAUUAGGGCUGGAUCUGAACUUUGCAGCACUCUAGGACUGACUAGGAUUUUUAAACGGCUAUGCACAUUUGGUUUGUCUCCCUCAUGUAACAUGUUUAAGUCGGACAAUAAACUCAUUAGGUCAGAGCUCCAUGAACCGAACUGUCAGUGUGUCUUAUAAAAGAGACAUACAAAAUGUGAAGAGCGGUAGGUCCCCAGGACAUGGAUUGAAAACCAUUGAACUAAAGCAAGUUGUCCGGACCCCAUUCCUUGAGACCAGUGUCCUACAGACUCAGCUCCAACCCUAAUCAAACACACCUAAACCAGCUUAUCAUGGUCCUCAAGAUUACUAGGGCAGUUGUUUUUAAUGAGCGUUGGAGCUAAAGGGCUUGUUUGAUUUCAUGCAGUGCCAUUCAAACCGAUUGGCACCUGACAUCAAAGUAUGGUGAGAGCGAUUCAAAGUUAACAAAGCUCUUGGCUCUCUCGUGUUGAAUGGUCUCAGUGGCACUGCAUGAAAUUCAACAAGCUCAAACUCAGCAGGGCACAGGUUUGGACACCCUGGACUUUAUUCGACAAUUAGUAAUUUAUACUUGAUUAUUUCUCCCUUUUAGAUACCAGGUUAGUAUGUUAAGUGAAUGUACAUCAUCAGAAGGUCUGCAAUAUAGGUUCAUAGAUUAAUGCUGUAAAGUGCAGAAGCUUUGUCCUAUCGAUGUAAAAUCCAAGUAUCCUGGUUUUGUUUGGAAGUGCAGGAUUACACUUUUUGUUUGUGUUUGUUAUAAACCUGUCCGUAUUUGGUGUGUCAUGAAAAAGGGCCAUACAGGUAAUGUUUGUUGAUGUGUGGGAUUUUUGUCUUUUAAUAUUCUAUGAAGCAGUGAAUUUUUGCAUUUUCUAUUUAAAUUGAGUUACAAUACUAUACUGAUGUCACUUGUUCUACUGGAAGCAUAAUUAUUUGUUCAAAUUUGUCAUAAGGGAAAAUGUAAGGAAGUAAAGAAGUGUUACCCAACUUACCCAACUAAAUAGCGAAAAUUUUCAAAAGAAGCUUAGCUUGAACAAAUUAAUGUUGCCAUUUUGUGCAAAAGAAUAUAUAAACAAUGUAAAUCACCAAAAUUACAUUCCUUAUGUUUUACUCUUAAAAUGCAUUGAUUUUGUUUAGAUGUUCUGUGAAAUAAAAAUUAUGUGGAGGGUUAA